GGAAGGAGUACAUGACCCUGGUACAGGAGGAGGAUUGCUCGGUGAGGCAACUGGAACAAAGGUUCCGGGACUUGGCACGAUACAUACCUGAGUACGCCAUGGAUGAGAACCGCAUGGCUAAUCACUUCUGGGAUACCCUACAGUUGGAUAUCCGUGAUAGGGCCACCUACAAUCACCACAUGACUUUUAGUGAGAUUGUGGAUCAAGGGCUACUUGGGGAAGCCAAGUGGAAUGAAAGGAAGAAGAGAGACGCCGAAGAGGCGAAGAAAAGAAGAUGGGGAAAUUCUGGACCCCAAGACCAUUCUCGGAAACAUCACGCCGGGAAUGGAAGAUCAUUCAGGGCGCCGGAACCACCGGCAAAGAAGAGUAAGGGCCCAGGAGGGCAAGGGCAUAGCUCGGGGAGCGUGAGGCCACCAAGGUGUCCGAACUGUAACAGGAAUCACUCCGGGAAGUGCAAUGAACCACCCCGGUGCUACAAGUGUGGUAGCACAAGCCACCUCAAACUCUCCUGCCCAAUGUUGAGUGGAGGUGGGCCAUCGGGAGCUGUUGAGGCGCCUACGUCUGGUAGGGGUCGUGCGGGACCAUCUCAAGGCGGCACGGGAAGGGGCGGACCCACGGCCAGUAACGCCGCGUCCGUUAACCAAGGGAGGACCCAAGCACGGGUGUAUGCAAUGACCGAGGCCGAUGCUCGGGCCAACCCGGACUCUAUUGCAGUACUUCUAUGGAGUACUGACCCCUUCGGGGGCCCUCACAUUUUUCAGGUUGAGGCUAGAGUCCUGCCACCUGCACCUUUGCCCAGGGUGAACUCAAAUAAGGAAGACGUGGUUCGUGCUUCCAUUCUUAUUUGAAAUUAUGAAAUUGCUCAUGGAUAUUUGAACGAUGUUUUCUACUAAACUAUUGAAGGGCCUGCGUGCUCAUGUUUGCCACGUGUGGCUAAAUGUCAAACAUAUUUUAUUUCGGCAUUUGUUUGAUUUAUAUAUUGAUGUUGAUUGUAUGGGUUUACUAAUCGGUUUGGCGAUAGAAUCUAUCGGACGCCUUGUAUGAUUUGAUAAGAAUGAACUACGUUGUUCUUAUUGGGUUGUACGGCGGUUGUCUACGUGGCACGGAUGCGGUCCGGGGCGUGACAGAAUUGGCAAUGCUAUUUGAGGAUGGUAGGGAGUUUAAGAAUGCUAUGAUAAGGUAUGCAGUCCAUAAGAAAACAGACAUUUCUUUUGUGAAAAAUGAGCCUUUAAGAGUUCAAGUCAAGUGUGGUCCCACAUGUCCCUUUGGGUGCACUGUCAGUUGGGAAAGAAGAUACAAAUGCUUUCAAGUGAAGGUGUUAAGGCCAGACCAUUUGUGCAAUUCCAAGUUCAAAUUGAGGGUUGUUGGCCAGAAGUGGUUAGAGGACAGAUUUGAAGACAAGGUGACAGAAAACCCAUGCAUUGGUGCUGUGGAAUUCAAAUCCUUGGUCAAAGCUGAACUGAAGAUCAACAUUUCAAUAAGCAUGGCUACAAGAGCUGUGAGGGGAAUUCAAGAAAAAACAAAGGCAUCAUUUAAAGAUCAGUUUAAGAGAAUAAGGAAUUACGCUGAAGAGUGUUUGAAGUCUAUUCCUGGCAGCACUGUGGUAGUGAAGACUGAGAGGGUUGUGCCAGAUGGUCCCUCUAUAUUCCAGAGAAUUUAUGUGUGUUUUGGGCCUGUAAAAAAGGGUUUUGGAGAAGGAUGUAGAAAGUUAAUUGGGGUGGAUGGAUGUUUUCUAAAAGGCCAGCUGAAGGGUGAAAUUCUUACUGCCGUUGGAAGGGACGCAAACAAUCAGAUGUAUCCCAUUGCCUGGGCUGUUGUGGAAAUUGAGAAUAAUUCGUCUUGGACCUGGUUUCUUGAGUUACUAAAGCAAGACCUCAAUAUUGAAGAACCUGAAGACUGGACUAUUAUCAGUGAUCAACAAAAGGGUCUAGCUAAUGUGAUUCAAGAUGUAUUUGGAGGGGUGGAACACAGAAACUGUGCAAGACACAUACACGCAAAUUGGAGCAAAAAACACAAGGGUUUGGUUUUGAAAAAGCUUUUCUGGAGGGUUGCUAAGUGUACAUCUGAAGAAGAAUUGCAGGUUACUUUAGACGAGUUGGACAAACAGGACACACAGGCUGGACAUGACUUGCGCAAAUACCCUAUGAAGUUGUGGUGCAAAGCUUAUUUCCGUACAUCAGUGAAGUGUGACAGUGUGGACAAUAAUCUAUGUGAGGCAUUCAACAGCACUCUUCUUAGUUGCAGAUCAAAGCCACUUAUUCCAAUGUUAGAAGAGAUGAGGGUAGCAAUGAUGAAAAGGAUUGCAAGAAAAAAGAAAGCAGUAGACAAAUGGGCAGGAAACUUUGGUCCUCUAAUCUUGAAGAAGCUGAAUAAGAACAUUGUAGCCAGUUCAGGGUGGCAUGUUGACUUUAAUGGAGAUGAUGGGUACGAGAUUAAGAAGGGAAGACAUCAAUUUAAAGUCAAACUACAAGGAAGAUCAUGCUCUUGCAGAAGAUGGGAUGUAUCAGGUAUACCUUGUGCACAUGCAGUAUGUGCUAUACUGGACCAUGGUCAAAACCCUGAAGACUAUUUGGAAAGGUGCUACUCUAAAGAAAUGUUUGUCAAAACAUACUCACAUACCUUGCAGCCCAUCAAUGGUGAGAUGUUUUGGCCCAGGUCAACAAAUGAUGAAGAUAUUCGAGCCCCAUUGCCCAAGAAAAUGAGUGGAAGGCCAAAAAAGAAAAGAAUUCGUGAAGAAACAGAAGUUCCAUCGGGAACUCAGCUCUCCAGAAAGGGAAGAAUCAUGUGUUGUUCAGUUUGCAAACAAGAAGGACAUAACAGGUCAUCAUGUCCAUCCAACACUCAACCUGCACAGAAAGGGCUGAAGAGGGGUCCACGUGGACCAAGGGCAAGGGGAAGAGGGAGGGGACAAGGCAGUGCAUCAGUAACUGAGGAUGGUGGAAGAGGGAGGAAUACAACUGAAAUGGGGUCAAGUGUGAGAGGAAGAGGAGGUAUAAGAGGUAAAAAUAGAAAAAGGCCAACUGAAAGAGGCUUUGGUAUAUAUAAUGAUCCUGAAACUGGAACUACAAUCCUUAAUCCAGGACAACGGGGAGAAACAGUCUUGAGUGGUGAUGGUGCUCCAGAGUGAGAAGAUGAAGUCAAGGAUGUGAAGACCAUAAUAUAUUAGUCUACUGCAUAUGUAUUUAGGCCUACAUUGUUGUACGUUUUGGAAGUUUGGAUUACAUAGUCCUAACUUGUGUAGUGUACUACUUCUGUGUAGGCCAUUUUGAAGCCAACCUUUUGAAACAGAAUAUUGAAUGUUGGUAUGUUUUGGGAUGUAAACUUUAAAACUUAAUAUUGUGUGUUUUGGAAUGUUGUGCUUUGGUAUGUACUGGAAUUGGUAACUUAAUCUUCU